AUGGAUUGGCUCUUCGCCAAUCGCAUUCUCAUCGACUGCAGAAAGAAGAAGUUGUUGUUCUCCAACUCAGAGGAGCCUAAGUUGUUGUCUUCCCAUGGGGUUAUGAAGGAAAUCCAAGACAAUGCACAAUGCUAUAUGAUCUUUGCGAGGAUGGAGGUUGAGAAGGAAGAAAGGAUAACAGUGAUAUCGGUGGUCAAGGAAUUUGAAGAUGUGUUCCUUGAAGAGGUACCAGGUUUACCUCCAAAGAGAGAGGUCGAGUUCUCCAUAGACUUGGUACCAGGAGCGGGCCCCAUGUCGAUAGCCCCUUAUCGGAUGGCUCUUGCAGAGUUGGCGGAGCUAAAGAAGCAAAUAGAGGAAUUGCUUGAGAAGUAG